AUGCAUUCCGCGUCGGAGCCUGAGAGAAUGGAGGAAGAAGAACAACCACGUGAAGGAGGAGGAGGGAGCAAUUCGCUAAAGAGGAAAUUCUCUGAAAUCGAUGGAGAUCAAACUCCUGACUGUUCCUCUUCUCCUAUGAUGAUCGACUCUAAUGGCAGUUAUGAGUCGAAAGUGUACGAGGUUGCCAAGGAGAGGAACACAAUUGCUCUUCUGGAGACAGCAACUGAUAAGUCACAGAUAGUCAACAUGAUUGUCAAAGGCAUGAGAUCUUCUAAUGCUGCCAAAAGAUUGAUAAUUUUCUUGGCCCCAACUGUAAAUCUUGUCAAACAGCAAUGCUGUGAGAUCAAAGCAAAUGUAAAUCUGAAGGUUGAAGAGUACUUUGGAGCUAAAGGAGUUGAUAAAUGGACAUCCCAGCGCUGGGAAGAAGAACUUAGCAAGCACGAUGUUAUGGUAAUGACUCCUCAAAUACUUUUGGAUGCCCUCAGAAGUUCCUUCAUGCAACUAGAGAUGGUACAUCUUCUAGUAAUCGAUGAAUGUUACCGCACCACAGGCAAUCAUCCCUAUGCGAGAUUAAUGAAGGAAUUCUAUCACAAAUCAACUGAUAAACCGAAGAUAUUUGGUUUGACUGCAUCAGGAUUCGUUAGAAAAGAUCAAGUAUUUGAACUUGAGAGCCUCUUGGACUCAAAGAUUUUUAAUCAUGAAGAGCAGAAAGGGGUGGAAAUUUUUGCUACAACAGUAAAAGAGGGUCCAAUAUUUUAUGAUCCAUCACCUUUCUCUACUCUUGAAUUGAAAGAAAAGCUAGAAACAUUGAAGCUCAAGUUUGGUGCUUCUUUAUCAAGGCUUCAAGAAAUGGAAAAAGACCGGUUUCCCGACAUGGAGGAUAAGUUUCAGACAUAUCGAAAGCGGUUGUCCAUUGACUACAGUGAGAUUUUGCAUUGCCUUGAUAAUCUCGGCCUGAUUUGCGCACAUUUGGCAACUGAAGUCUGCUUGGAGAAAAUCUCAGAUACGAAAGAAGAAAGUGAGGUCUAUAAAGAAUGCUCAAUGUUGUGUAUUCAAUUUCUUGAGGAUAUCUUAUCCACGCUUGGGGUGCAUUUGCAGCAAGAAGAGAAGACUACAGUAGAUUUGCAGCAAAACCAUCUGUCAGCAGUGAACUUGAGACGUGUAUCUCCAAAGUUAAAAGAACUUUUCCAUUUAUUGGAGUCAUUUAGAGGCGAAAAGCAAAAACCUUGCCUAAUUUUAAUUGAGAGAAUUAUAACAGCGGAAGUGAUCGAGAAAUUCGUGAAAAAAGAAGCCUCUUUAGGUUACCUUAAUGUCUUGUAUUCAAUCAGAAACAACGCUUCUUCACAGAACACACCAGUUGAAAUUUCUGAUUCAUUUCACGCUGGCAAGGUGAAUCUUGUAUUUACCACAGAUGUAGUUGAAGAUGGACUCCAGGUGCCAAAUUGCUCAUGCGUGGUAUGUUUUGACCUUCCCAAAACAGUGUGUAGUUACUCGCACUCUCAAGAACUCGCCAAACAUAGUAACUCUAAGUCCAUUAUGUUUCUUGAAAGGGGGAACACUAAACAAAGAGACCAUCUGUAUGAACUUAUGCGAAGAGAAGUCCCAAUGCGACAUCCAGAAACUCCAAACUUGAAAUUGUGUCCACCUCCAGUGACAAACGGCCAUGGAGAGAAGCAGGAGACUGGAGCCUCGGUUAUUCCAGAUUCUAGCAUCACUGUCUUUGACGAAGCAGCUUCCACUCAAACCAAAACUGAUCCUCCUAGUGGAAAUGAGCAGCCAGCAACUAAGAAGUUACGUCAAUCGGACGCCCUUUCACAAUGCAGCACCAAAGAGAAAGUCGUCUCUUCUAAAAUUAAACCAUCUUCAUCCUCUGCAGGUUCAAAAAAACGCAAGGAGUUGCACGGGACAAUCCGUGCAAACGCAUUAUCAGGAGCUUGGGGAGAAAAUCUUGAUGGUGCAAUCUUUCAGGCUUAUAAGUUUGACUUCUGCUGUAAUAUUUCCGGGGAGGCCUACUCAAGUUUCUCUCUUCUGAUUGAGUCAACCCUCGCCGAGGAUGUUGGUAAUGUCGAAAUGGACCUUUACCUGGUCAGGAAGUACGUGAAGGCUUCCGUCUCACCUUGUGGCCAGAUACAUUUGAGUCACGAAGAGAUGGUAAAAGCAAAGUAUUUUCAGCAGUUUUUCUUCAAUGGAAUGUUUGGAAAGUUGUUCGUUGGAUCCAAGUCAGAGGGAACAAAGAGAGAGUUUUUGCUUCAAACUGACACAAGUUCUCUUUGGAACCCUUCCUUUAUGUUUCUACUGCUCCCUGUCGAAAUGAAUGACGACAUAGUUUCAAGUGCGAAGGUUGACUGGUCAGCAAUCAACUCCUGUGCCUCGAUAGUUGAGUUUAUGAAGAAAAAUUCUCUUCUUGACCUUCGGGUUAGUGAAGAAAGCCGCUGCAACACCUCAUCGGUUGAGGAAGUUCUACUCGAGGAUGAGAAGAAGGAAACGAAUCUGAUUCAUUUUGCCAAUGCUUUGUCUGAUAAAGAUAGUCUUGAAGAAAGUGUGGUCGUUGCAAUUCAUACCGGAAAGAUAUACUCUAUAGUUGAAGCAUUAAAGGAUUCUUCUGCUAUGAGCCCGUUUGAGGACGACGUCUCAUCAGAAUACACUACUUAUGCAGAAUAUUUCAAGAAAAAGUAUGGGAUAGUAUUGGCACACCCGAAUCAGCCGCUGUUGAAGCUGAAGCAGAGUCACCAUGCGCACAACCUUUUAGUCAACUUCAAUGAUGAUGUGAUUGUGAAGACAGAGACAGAGGCUGGUAAUGUUAGAAAAAGAAAACCGAACAUCCACGCGCAUCUACCUCCUGAGCUUCUGGUGAGGAUUGACGUAUCGCGUGCUGUGGUAAAAUCAAUCUACUUGCUGCCAUCAGUGAUGCACCGCCUAGAGUCUCUAAUGUUGGCAACCCAACUUAGGGAAGAGAUCGAUUGUAGCAUUGAUAACUUCAGCAUAUCGAGUAAAUCGGUUCUUGAAGCGCUUACAACACUGACAUGCCCUGAAUCGUUUUCCAUGGAGCGUUUGGAGCUGCUCGGGGAUUCAGUCUUAAAGUAUGUUGUGAGCUGUUCUCUAUUCCUAAAGUAUCCUGACAAAGACGAGGGACAGCUUUCUCGGCAGAGGCAAUCGAUUAUAUCUAACUCAAAUCUUCACCGCUUAACAACAGAUCGCAAACUACAGGGAUACAUAAGAAAUGGCGCUUUUGAACCGCGUCGCUGGACAGCACCUGGCCAAGUCUCUCUCUUUCCCGUUCCUUGCAAGUGUGGGAUUGAUGCUAGAGAAGUACCAUUAGAUCCAAAAUUCUUCUGUGAGAACAUGACUUUAAAACUUGGAAAGUCUUGUGACAAUGGACAUAGAUGGACGGUUUCGAAAUCUGUAUCAGAUUGCGCUGAGGCCCUGAUUGGUGCCUAUUAUGUCAGCGGUGGACUGCCUGCGGCUCUUCAUAUGAUGAAAUGGCUUGGUGUCAACGUUGAGUUCGACGCAAAACUAGUCACUGAAGCCAUCGACAGAGCUUCUCUACUGUGUUACAUUCCUAAAGACGAUGAGCUCGCGGAGUUGGAGACAAAGAUCCGACAUGAGUUCUCUUCAAAGUUCCUUUUGAAAGAGGCCAUCACUCACUCCUCUGUCCAUGAAUCAUAUUCUUACGAGAGAUUGGAGUUUCUUGGCGAUUCUGUACUGGAUUUUCUAAUCACACGCCAUCUUUUCAACACCUACGAACAGAACGGGCCUGGAGAGAUGACUGAUCUUCGUUCCGCAUGUGUAAGUAACGAAAACUUUGCGCAAGUUGCAGUGAAAAACAAUCUGCAUACCCACCUUCAACGCUCUUCUACAAUUCUCGAGACUCAAAUAAACGAGUAUCUGCUGUCCUUUCCAAAGCCAGAUGACACUGGUAGAUCAAUCCCUACAAUACAAGGCCCUAAGGCUCUUGGAGACUUGGUGGAGAGUAUAGCUGGAGCAAUGCUGAUCGAUACAAGGUUAGAUCUCGACCAGGUGUGGAGUGUCUUUGAGCCGUUGCUUUCUCCACUUGUAACUCCGGAUAAACUUCAGCUGCCUCCAUACCGAGAGCUCAAUGAGCUAUGCGACUCUCUUGGAUAUUUCUUCCGGGUGAAAUGCGUGAAUGAUGGUGUGAAGGCACAAGCCACGAUCCAGUUGCAGCUGGACGAUGUUCUUCUGACCGGAGAUGGAUCUGAACAGACGAAUAAAUUAGCUUUGGGAAAAGCAGCUUCACAUCUUCUUAAGCAACUUGAGAAGAGAAACAUUUCACGUAAAACUUCGAUGGGAGAUAAUCAAAGCUCCAUGGAUGUGGAUCUUGCUUGCAGUGAAAGACCGUCUUCGGAUUCUACCGAGAUCCUGAGUGCUGUGACUCUAGGUAUUGGACCUAUAAACAUGAAGAAAGGAGGGCCUCGAGGGACACUACACGAGUUCUGCAAGAAGCAUCUCUGGCCAAUGCCUACUUUUGACACCUCGGAAGAGAAAUCUCGAACUGCGUUUGAAUUCAAUGAUGGAGAUGAGAAGCGGACUAGCUUCAGUAGAUUCACAUCGACUAUAACCCUGAGGAUACCGAAUCGGGAGGCUGUGACGUAUACGGGAGAAGCCAAGCCUGACAAGAAGGGCUCCUUCGACUCUGCAGUCGUGGAACUGCUCUAUGAGCUCGAGCGCCGCAAGAUCAUCACCAUCAGAAAGUAA